UAAGCUUUAUCGUAUAAUUUUUUCUUUCUUUCCUCCCACCAACUGCAGGAGCUGUGCUCUGACCUGCAUACUCCAUAUCCAUUUUAUCCCUUUUCUCCGCUGCACUUUAGACUCAAAAUAUCUAUUCUCAAUACUAACUUUUUAUUACGAAUAAAAACGAUCCUACCUUUUUUAUUAUUACAAAACCCUAGAAAACCAGGGGAGAGAUAGAGAAUCUCUGUUCCUUCAAUAUUUUUGUCCCUGACCCAUAGAAGAUCUCUUCGAGAUCAGUCCAUGGAACCUUACCCCAAAAGAUCCCGUUCUGAGAAUGGUGGGUUUCGAUUGAACUCUAGGAGGGGCGAACAGCAAGAGUGGGGUUAUUUCCAGCAAAGUAAUGGAGGUGGGGAUCUCGAAUGUAGGCGGUUCAAUACGCCCGAAGGUUGCCCAUUUGGAUCAACAUGCAGAUUCCGUCACGUCACAGCUGAUGGCCGAGAUGUGGGGCAGCAGAGCCUUUCUUCUGGAGGAAAACCAAAACCUUGUAUGAAGUUCUUCAGUACUUCUGGUUGUCCCUUUGGAGAAUCCUGCCACUUUCUACACUAUGUACCAGGAGGCCUCAGUUCUUUGGGUCUAGCCCCGGUAUUGUCUCUUUCAGCUGCUGCCUCUCAGCGGAAAUCAAGCGGGCCAGUAGGGGACCCAAGUGUCACGGUCAGUGGCUACAAGACAAAACUUUGCAACAAGUAUAACACUUCUGAAGGCUGCCGGUUUGGGGACAAGUGUCAUUUUGCACAUGGAGAGAGUGACCUACACCUGCCAAACAAUAUGUCUCGAGGGAAUGUUCAACGGGCUCCAGCAGAAGGACCAAGAGGAUUGGGUCCUCCAGGUUUUAAUAACAGCGUCUCCAACUUCCCAAACCCAACAACAUACAUGAACAUCUCAAACUUCAAUUCUCAAGGCUAUGGUGAGCCAAACGCACCUGGUGUUCCAACUGCUAGUUAUGAAGCUGGGCCCGUUGGUGAAAAUGUACAGGUUUAUUAAUGAAGAGGGUUGGGUGGUCCUUGUGGUUGGAUUUGUUGGAAAAACUUGCAUUCAGUAAAUAGAACUUCUGGCAGAGUGAUGAUCGAAGGACCAUACCAGCGUUUGGUGAUGCUCCAUUGUCCGUCCGCUAAACGUUUAUUUUGUAUCUGUUCUAUAGCACCUGUUCUAUUUAGCUUCUCCAGGAGAAAUUUGGAACAAUAUGCCUUGGGCAGAUGCAAGAAUUUGCUUCCGAUCAUUCCUGCACUGGGUCCAAGUCCAUGCCUAUUUAUGAAUUUUCUUUAGCAGUCCUUUUCAGUAAUGGUGACAACGUAAGGGGACAAAGGGAUGGAAAGAUCGAGAUGGUUAUAUUCUUGGUUUUGUAAUGAAGCUCAAUUUAUAUUUGAGAGUUUAAAUAUUCAUAUGGUAGGAAGUUAAAUUCAGCAUCAGAAUCAUUUAAUUUUUCAGUGUUCAAAUCAAGGGAAGAUUUUUGUUCUCAAAAAAAAAAAAUCAAGGUAAGUUUUUGACUUUCGUAGUCAGAUUAUA